CCAGACAGACAGAAAGAGGAAGUAACCGGCCGGUGGGUGCGGAUAGUAGGCGUGUGGGGGCUGUACGACCACCCCGCACAUUUUAUUUCUGUCACAAAUUCGAUCUUCUAUUUCUUCAAAUUCAACGCAGCAUCAUCCAUCCAAUUCUAAUCAAUUUCUUCAAAUUAAACCCCAAUUUCACCAAACCCCUAAUUCAAUUCUUCAAUCCAUCCAUUGAAGAAUAUUAUCAUUAUCAACGAUGGUGGUUUCUUGUGGCUUAAGUAACUCCGGUAUUGCUCAUCAUAUAGCAUAUGCUCCUUCACAUCUUCCUGUUGGGGUUAGGAGAUUGAUUUCUGUAAAAGGAUCGGUUGUAAACCCUAGGUGUGAGGUUGCGUUGGAGCGAAACGACGACGUUCGAUCCCCGUUGACUGUGACGUCAUCUAGUGUUUCUGCUCUUGAAGCUCUUAAAACCUCUGCUGCUGACAGAUAUACAAAAGAACGGAGUAGUGUUAUGGUGAUCGGGAUUAGUUUUCAUACAGCGCCAGUCGAUAUCCGUGAGAAGCUUUCCAUUCCCGAGGCCCAAUUACCACAAGCCAUCAGUGAGUUAUGUGCAUUGAACCACAUAGAAGAGGCUGCUGUUCUUAGUACCUGCAACAGGAUGGAGAUAUACGUUGUGGCGCUCUCCCAACAUCGUGGAGUUAAGGAAGUGACCGAAUGGAUGUCAAAGGUUAGCGGUGUUCCCGUUUCAGAGAUAUCUCAGCAUCAAUUCUUGCUUCAUAACAAAGACGCUACAAAACACUUGUUCGAAGUAUCCGCAGGGCUCGAUUCUCUUGUUCUCGGAGAAGGUCAAAUUCUUUCUCAAGUCAAGCACGUAGUCAAAGUCGCACAAGGAGUGCCCGGUUUCGAUAGGAAGAUCAGCGGGCUAUUCAAGCAUGCAAUCACCGUAGGAAAGCGAGUCAGAACCGAGACAAAAAUCUCUUCCGGGUCAGUAUCCGUUAGUUCUGCUGCUGUAGAACUCGCACAAAUGAAGCUUCCGGAAUCUUCUUAUGACUCCGUGAGAGUGUUGGUGGUUGGUGCGGGUAAAAUGGGUAAACUCGUGAUCAAACAUUUGGUUGCCAAAGGGUGCACGAAAAUGGUGGUUGUUAAUAGAACAGAAGAUAAAGUUAAUGCAAUCCGUGACGAGUGUAACGACGUUGAGAUCGUUUAUCAACCGUUUUCCGAAUUGUUGUCUUGUGCUUCAGAGUCUGAUGUUAUAUUCACCUGCACGGCUUCUGAAACACCGUUAUUUUUGAAAGAACAAGUCGAGACGUUUCCUACUUUGACUUCACAAAGUCAAAGGAUGUUCGUAGACAUAUCCGUUCCACGAAACGUGGAUUCGCAUGUCUCGGAUCUCGAAACAGCCCGUGUGUAUAACGUGGACGAUUUGAAGGAAGUCGUGGAAGCAAAUAAAGAAGACCGUUUGCGCAAGGCGAAAGAAGCGCAACUAAUUAUAUCAGAAGAAGUACACGAGUUUGAAGCGUGGAAAGACUCAUUAGAGACAGUUCCGACUUUAAAGAAACUGAGGGCGUAUGCUGAACGGAUUCGGGCCAGUGAAUUUGAGAAAUGCGUAGAGAAAAUGGGUGAUUUAACGAAGAAACAAAAGGUGGCAAUUCAUGGUUUAAGUAAAGGGAUAGUGAAUAAGCUUCUUGAGGGUCCAAUGCAACAUUUACGAUCCGAUGAAAACGAAGGGCGAACAUUGGACGAGAUACUCGAGAAUAUGCACACGUUGAACAGGAUCUUUGGACUUGAUACUGAGAUAUCCAUUUUAGAAGAAAAGAUUCGGUCCAAGAUGGAGAAGGCGAAAAAUUUACCCUGAUUUUUUAAGAAUCGUAGUAGAUUCAUUCGUUUUUGGAGCAACUAUGCGUGAGGUAACAUAUCGAAUUUUAUACUGAUUUAUACAAUAAUAAAAUGAGAUGACUUGCCCAAUUUUGGGUCUUCAAGGAUUUGUAGCUUGAGUGGUUUCGUUUUGUUGUUUUCAUUAAUAAUUCAAAUUUGUAAAAACCAUUACCUUUUUUUUGCAAAUUUUGCAUUUACCAUGGUAGUUUAAUUUGAGAAGUAUAUUCAAAUCAUGUUGUAAUGUAAUUUAAGGAAUAAAUAAAUUAAGUUGAGUGUUGUCA